AUGAAGCCUCAGACCCGAACAACAGAGCUCAUCAGACCCUCGCAUGAGAUGACUCUCCUCCGCCAGAGACGGGAGAGUGCAAACGCAGUCCCGCACUACCACAAAUUAUGCAGUCGAGUUUCCCGAAUUUGGGGAAAUCACAGGGGUCAGCACAUCCAGAGUGCAAUGGAUAAGGCUCGCCCUGGGAAAACCACCUUCAUGAUCAUGGUAUCUGCCCUGCCAGCGGAAGCUUCUGCGAUUUCCAGGCUUUUUUCCAUCUGUGGUUAUCCGAGGCACACCUGCUCCAGGUACUUCUCUGAAAGCACGCCAGCCGGGAGCACGAUACCGGCGGCAGGGUCUGAACCUCUGCGUGUGGGCUUCAUGGGCGCAGGCCGCAUGGCGGAGGCCAUCACCCAAGGCCUCAUACAAGCAGGCAAAGUGGAAGCUAAGCAAGUGCUGGCCAGUGCACCAACAGAUGAGAAUCUCUGCUACUUCAGGGCUCUGGGUUGCCAGACUACUCACUCCAACCAGGAAGUACUGCAGAACUGUUCACUUAACAUCUUUGCUACCAAGCCUCAAGUCCUGCCAGAGGUUCUGGGAGAGGUGGCCCCUGUAGUCACCACUGAGCACAUCGUGGUAUCUGUGGUUGCUGGCAUCUCUCUGAGCUCUCUGGAGGAGCUGCUGUCCCCGAACACACAAGUAUUGCGAGUCUCUCCCAAUCUACCCUACAUAGUCCAGGAGGGGGUCAUGGUGAUGGCACGGGGCCACAAUGCUGGGAAUGACGACGCUAAGCUCCUGCAGAACUUGCUGGAGGCCUGUGGGCAGUGCAUAGAGGUUUCUGAGUCCUACGUAGAUAUCCAUACUGGCCUCAGUGGCAGUGGUGUGGCCUUUGUGUGCACAUUCUUGGAGGCCCUAGCUGAAGGUGCCAUCAAGAUGGGCAUGCCCAGUAGCCUCGCCCACCGCAUUGCUGCCCAGACCCUGCUGGGGACAGCCAAAGUGCUGCAGCAGGAAGGAAAGCACCCAGCCCAGCUUCGGACAGAUGUGCUCACACCAGCUGGAACCACCAUCCAUGGUCUUCACGCCCUAGAGCAGGGCGGCCUUCGAGCAGCUACCAGGAGUGCGGUGGAAGCGGCUACCAGCCCGGCUAAAGAGCUCAGCAGGAAGUAA